AAAAAGGGCCCGAGCCCGCCGGAUGGCUGUUCAGUUCCGGGCGCUUUUACGCACAGAGACGCACGCGCGCCUGCCUGCCUUUUGAGUGACCGCGCCGAAGUUUGGCUCCGUUUCCAGCCACCGCAAGAGGACUGCUGCUUGGUGCCGCCUGCCCGUCCCUCCGUCCUUCCUUUCCUUCCUCCGCGCCGGCAAGCCGCCGCGAUGUUGGCGCUCAGCUCUGCCCGCCGCCUGAUGCUGCUCCUGGGGCAGCCUCAGCAGUGCCGGGCCGCCGCUGCCUCCGGGGAGCUGCUGCUGCUGCAGGUCUCUUCCGAGGGCGCCCUGAGCCGCGCCUGCCGCCGCGCCUGCAGCGACCAUAAGCGCGACGACGGCGACAGCGACGGCAACCCGCUGGUCUACCUGGACGUAGGAGCGGACAACCAGCCCCUCGGCCGGGUCGUGUUGGAGCUGAAAGCUGAUGUGGUGCCAAAGACUGCAGAAAAUUUUAGAGCGCUGUGCACUGGAGAAAAGGGCUUCGGAUACAAAGGAUCCACCUUUCACCGAGUGAUUCCUUCUUUCAUGUGCCAGGGUGGCGACUUUACAAAUCACAACGGAACAGGUGGCAAAUCAAUAUACGGUAGUCGGUUUCCUGAUGAAAACUUCACCCUUAAACAUAUCGGACCUGGUGUUCUCUCAAUGGCCAACGCUGGACCCAACACCAACGGAUCUCAGUUCUUCAUUUGCACAGCUAAAACUGAUUGGCUGGAUGGGAAGCAUGUUGUGUUUGGCCACGUGAAGGAAGGGAUGGAGAUUGUGAAAAAAAUCGAGAGCCUUGGCUCCAAAAGCGGGAAGCCUUCAAAGAAGAUUGUCAUCACUGACUGUGGAGAGCUGAAAUAAGUCAAGAUGUGGGAGCCUCUGGCAAAUCGUUGAUGCAAAAAAAGGAAUCUGCGUGAAUUAUUACUUGCACAUUUCUCAUCUGGAUAAGACUUUUUACUGAUAAGGAUACUAACUCCUUGCUGAGCCAUGAUCAAGGACAAUAGAAGUAUAUGAAGAAUUUCAGUUUGGAAAAUUCGUUUGAUCUCACAUGACCAUAUUCUGUUUUGUUUUUAAAUUGUACUACUUUUUAUUUAAGUGUUACACUGAAGGUUCUCUUCAGUGCUUUAUAAUGGAAAAUACAAGAACAAUGGCUGCUAGCAAAGAUCUGCUAAAAAUCCUCUGAAGUAGCUCAUAAUCCGAGCUGGGAAUCUUAUAAGAUUCUUAGUUAGAGUGGGGAGUAACUAAGUUUCUUACAAUUUAAAGAUUAUCCUGUGGUCUGGUUGAACUUGAACGCUCCUAUUUCAAAUGAAUGUAUUAAUGUAUGAUCUCCAGCAUCUGUGGAACAGCCGUCAGAAUAUGGGUAGCUAAAUGAUUAACUGAUGUGACUUAGGAGUUCAGCUGAUUGAUCAAGGUAACUUAAUGAACAGUACUCUCUCCCCUCCCCCUACUGAGAAAGGUGCUAAAGAUCCAUUUUAUGCAAGGGUACACCAGUACUUGAAGUACAUGGAAUCAGUGGAUUUCCUACUUAUAAAUUUCUUCCAGUCUUGGACCAUCUAGAACUUUUAACAAAGGGCAGAAUUAACUAAUAACUACUUUGACUGCUUAGAAUGUAACGCUUGUGACAUGCUACUGUUAUGAUUUGAAUUUGGAGCAUGUUACCAGAUCAGCCAGACAUUCUGAAAGGAACUAGCCAUACCUACAUGACAUGCAACUGUGAACUUUUUAAAUGGAGCAUGGGAAGGCCUUUCUUAUAAUGAUUUAUUACUGUUAUUUAGCCCUUCUCUACUGUGAUGGAUCCACUGUGAUAGCAUCUCACUGUGUUCCAAAUACAGUAGGUCUGAUUUAUGUAAGAGCUGGUAUUAAAUACAAUUUUUCUGUGCUUUGACUUAAAACCAGAGUAAGUAGCUGAGAGAGGCUAUGCAGAUUGAUAGAAUCACGCAAGGAGGGAAAAGUUGAAGCAGUGGAUUAUUUUCCCCACUUAACUUGCUUCAGUCUCCACUUGAGUUACAGGAUUGGAAGGUUCAGCUGAAGCAAGCUGAAUUUAGGAAGAAAUACUGAAAUGAUAAGGAGGCCCUUUGGCCCAUAUUCUGGAUAUAUCUACACUAACACCAUUUUAAAUCAGAAGUCUCCCUUACUGCACCAUCAAAUAAUUCUUGAUGUUGGAUGAGUGUUUCUCAUCCCCAUCACAGAUCCUACAAAUUCCUAUGGUACCCUGUGGGAAGGGGGGGAUGUUAAACAAAUUUCUGUGGUGUAGGUAUAUCCUAAAUCACAGGAAAAGUGACCCACAUAAUUGGUAGCAUUGUCGCUUUCUCUCAGGUGUGUUCAAAAUUCACUGCAGGCCAGCAGUGAUGAACUUUUGAUCACAGGUACAGAGCAAGGAAGGAUGGCUGAAACAUCCUGAGAUUCCCUGUGCUUGCACAUGACUCUGAAAUGGCCUGUUGAAACAAGCUGAUAAGUGUGUUCUUGGAGCUGGCUCCUGCUUGUGGAUAGCACAUGGCUUCUGUUAAGGGGGAAAUGAAACAGGGAACCUCGCUUGGCUCUUUUUAACCAGACCUACCUUUUUAAUUUUUAAGUACAUUAUAGUGAAUGGCUAUUGGGAGCUGAAUCUGAGCAUUUGGUAAAGUAAAUAUAUAGAAUGUGAAUACCCUUCUAUGAUGUGAGUGUUUUUCCCAUAGCAGGUAGUAUCUCUGCAGGUUGAAAAUACUAUUUGCACUAGGCUCGUGCAUGCAGUGAAAGGUUAAUUUAAAAACAAAUAGGAUACCUCCGGUCAAUUGUUCUUGCAUUAUUUGAGGUAUAUUUGAAAUGCUAGCAAUCUAAACUUGUUUGGCUUAGGUCGAGUAUCAAUAACUGGUAUUUUUGUUACAUGUUCGUUUUUGUAUGUGUAAGGUCAUUAAAUACCUUUUUGUAAAAAGUGA